AUGGUGCUGAAGCCUUUCGACGGACGAUUUGCGACAGAGCUCCGGAAAGCUGAAAAACUUCGCCCUUGGACUUCAGAUAUUGAGACGCAUUAUCAUCAAUUCGUCCUUGAUGGCGGUGCGUCUGAUUUCAUCACUGAGCUCAACAACAAUAACAACAACAACAACGGCGACAUAGCCCAGCAAUGCGAAACAUGGAAUACCUCCCAAGACGAAGCCUACCUUCAUGAUUAUUUAUCCGAUCUCAAUGAAACGGAGGUUCAAGUAUAUGAUGCCUUGAGGGAUCUACAAAGACAUGAUGUUCGUCAACUUGUUGCCUGCGUCAAAAUGCAAGGCUUUAGCUUGACAGACCCAAAGCCAGUCAGCGAGCUCAUUGACGUUUCGGGAAUUCUUUUACAGUUUAUUAAAGGCUUUCCUCUAAGCGAUAUCGCCCAUUACACCCAAAGGGAGCAGUGGCAGAGUAUUUGCGAAGAAACCAUUCAAAUACUUCAUCGGAUCGGCGAUCGAGGGGUAUUAAAUGAGGAUGUCCAAACGCGAAGUUUUAUCGUGCAGAAGGAUACAGCGCGUUCAGAAAAUGGAUACUAG